AUGGCUGCUCAAGCACACCCAGGUGAGGAUGGGGAUAGCAUCGCGACGACAGCGACGGCGAUUGCCAUCCUGCACCUGCGCACGGCGCACGUCGUCUACUACACGGGCGCCAUCCUGGCGACGAGCUUCACGGCAAAGGGGCUCAAGCGGCUCAUCAAGCAGCCGCGCCCCGUCGGGUCCAGGGUGAAGAAGACGAGCGGGAUGCCGUCGACGCACAGCGCCUCGGUCUCGUUUAUGGGCAGCUACCUCGUCCUCGUCCUCGCCCUCGCCCCGUCCUCCUCCUCCUCCUCGACUCCAACAAGCGGUAUGGGUGCGGCGACGAUGGUAGGGCUGGGAGCGCUGUGCAUCGGCCUUCCCGUUGCCGUCAUGUGGUCCCGCGUCAGGCUGGGCGUUCAUACACCCGCCCAGACGGUCGCUGGUGCGGCGCUCGGGGUGGUCAAGGCCCUGUUCUGGUUCACGCUGUGGUACGGCUCUGACCAGGUCUGGCGGCGAGGAGCCUCGGCUGUCGAUGCUCGAGAUGCGAGCGGCGGUGUUGGGCGGCUGUGGACGCAGGGACUGGCGACCCACGUCGGCCUACCCGUCGAUGCCUUUGUUGGGCGCUGCGAGGCGAGGCUGCUAGGAACACCCGGCGGGCGGUACCGGUAG